AUGGCAUUAUUAGAUCAAUUCGUUGGAAAUAUUCGACAAUUAUCGAUCGAAGGUAAAUAUUGUGAUUUAGCACAAACAUUAACAAAUCCAAAUUUGGAUCAUCUCAAUAAAAAUAUUCAACAUAUUGAUUCAAUUAUUGCAACAUUUACUUUACCUGAAUAUUCGAUGUGUAUGUUAGCUGCUUUACAUGCCAUUGUAAAAGCACCAAGCAUACCCGACAUCGAUUUAUAUCUUACCCAAUUUGAUACAUUUAUUCAAACAUGUUCAACUGAACAAGUUCAUUAUAUACCUCAAUAUCUAUGUGAAAUAUGUCAUGUUAUUACAGAACGACUUCGAAAAGAUAAUCGAGCUCGAGUUGGAGUUCCAAUUCUAUAUCGAGCCAUUGAAUUGCUUCGUCGUGAACCUGGCCAAUUACUUUCCAUUCAUUCUGAUCUUUAUCAGCUUUGCCUGCUUUGCCAAUGGUUUGAACCAGCAUUGACAUAUCUAGAUAUCGAUAUAAUUGAUAUUCAUCGUGAAAAUGGAAGAUUUGAUGUUAAAUAUUUGUUACUUGCUUAUUAUUAUGGUGGCAUGAUUUAUGCCUGUGUAAAACAAUUUGAUCGUGCUACUAACUUUUUUGAGAAUGUUAUUACAGUACCUGCUACAGCAACAUCAGCUAUUGUCAUAGAAGCUUACAAGAAAUAUGUUCUUGUUAAAUUGAUAUCUGGUUCAAUAGGAAAUAUCCAAUUACCAACAUUUACGAGUCGAAAUGUUCAACAGGCAAUAAAAAGUUUAUGUAAUGCACAAUAUACAGAAUUAUUUAAUAUAUUUAAUAAUGGUACAUUAACACAAUUCGAUGAAUUUGUUAAUCAUCAUCGAGAACAAUAUGCACGUGAUAGAAAUUUGGGUUUAAUAAAACAAACUCGUAAUGCAUUUAUAUGUAACAGUAUACAACAAUUAACAAAAACAUUUCUUACUGUAUCACUCAAAGAUCUUGCAAAUCGUGUACAACUUCAAUCACACAAUGAAGCCGAAAGAUAUUUAAUUGAUAUGAUUGAAAAUGGGCAAAUUUUUGCAUCGAUUAACAAAAAAGAUGGUAUGGUUAUCUUUCAUGGUUCACCGGAAAAAUUUGAUGCUAAUAAUAUGUUAUCGAAAUUGCAAGAUGAAACAGAAAAACGUAUGCAAGCUGAAAAACAAUUAAGAGAAUUAGAAAAACAAAUAUCAUUAAGUAAAGCGUAUAUUCAACGAACACAACAAUCAAGUCCCUAUCAUGAUCGUCCGAAAAUAUUGAAUUAA